AUGGCCUACUCACACUAUCAGUCUCUCGGAGCGGAAAAUUGGGGAACCGAGCAGUUCAAGUUCAGCGAACCACCCGCACCAACGUUUGCACCACAGGGAAACUGGGGCGGAUCUGACUACUUUCAAGCGCACGCGUUCUGCAAUGACCCUGGGUUCUAUAACGCCGUGACGAGCCGCCUGUCUUCGGCGGUCGGCGUCGGGUUCAACGAAGCACGCUAUUGGCAUCGCCGCGUUUAUGGCGGUCUGAUCAACCUAGCGCAAGUGCUUCCCGCAGACAUCGGCGCGGCCGCCGCCUACGAAGCAUACCGGUACUGGAAAUACCACCAGCCAGCUCUUUUCCAGCCCCUUGGGCAGGACAUCGAGCGGCAGCGCGAGGCGCUGAUCGCCGUGGCUAUUGCGGAGGCCACACAGCUCUGGCAGUACACGGGGCGCGCGCUCGACGCGUAUGGACGACAAGACGCCGCCGAGUCGGCGGCGGCAACUGCACAGCGCAUCGCGCGGAGGGUCCUCGUUGCUGAAAUGGGCGGGAAUGGCCUCGGCGCGGGCAUGGGCGCAGGAGCGGGAGGCAUGGGUAUGGGCGGGGGUAUGCCUGGCAUGGGAAUGGGCGGGGGUAUGCCUGGCAUGGGAAUGGGCGCAGGCUCAAUGGGUGCGGGGAUGGGUACACCAGGAAUGGGGAUGGGGGUGGGGAUGGGCGGUAACGGCGCCAUGGGUAUGGGUGGAACGGGCAUCGGCAUCGGCGGGGGCAGCAUCAAUCCGAUCGACUACGCGAAUGGGGGUGUGAACCCGCAGAACUACGCCGGGGGCGUCCUGGCGCGCGACUAUGCUCCUCGCCCGGGGCGUGGGCUGCGCCGCGUGUCGUCUGUGGGCUCGACGCUAUCCGCAGCGAUGGGGCGGAUGGGGCUCGGAGGCGGUGGAGGCGUGACGGGGAGCGGAAUGGCUGUGUCGCCGGCAGGCACGCCGAUACCGAUGGCGGGGCAGGGGAUGGGAGUCGGUGGGGGCGUCGGUGGUAUUGGUGCGGGUAUGGGAGGUGUCGGUGCCGGAGGUGGCAUGUACGGCGGCGGCAUGAACGGCGGUGGCAUGAACGGUGGCGGCAUGUACGGCGGCGGUGGCGGCGUCCCAGGUGGUGUCGGCGCGUCAGGGUAUGCGGGUGGCUUCGGUGCAGCACCGACAGGACCUGCAGCCUAUGGUGGUGCGCUGGGAGGCGUAGUACCAGGGACGACGACUGGCUAUGGAGGUGGAGGCGGAUACGGAGGUGGAGGCUACGGAGGUGGAGGCUACGGAGGUGGAGGCUACGGAGGUGGAGGCUACGGAGGUGGAGGCUACGGAGGUGGAGGCUACGGAGGUGGAGGCUACGGAGGUGGAGGCUACGGAGGUGGAGGUGUCUAUGGAGGCGGAGGCAUAGGCGGGGCGUACGGCGGGUAUAGCGGUCAGGCCGGGAUGGCAGGCGGAGCGUAUGGUGGACAAGUUAUUCCACCCGGUUCGACAGUCUUGAUCAAGGACAGAAGCAGAAGCAGGAGACAUCAUCGGCACAGGUCUCGGGCGCGCAGCGCAGAUUCCAGGUACUAUUGA